AUGGCAAUUGUGAAGCUGUUGGUCUUCGCAUCAUGCUGGCCAGUCCUGAUACAGGCUGAAGCCGUUGAGGACGUGAUGCCGGUCGGUGAUGACGUCGACGACGAAUGCGCUUCCCCAGGAUGUGCGCUUCAAGCUUUGCAGUCGCGUGCCAAGACCGUUCGCAACCAGGCCACGGCGGACGCGACUUCUGACAAAUAUGCGAGCGUCCCGGGGGUCGGCGAUGAUGGCUGGGACGACUUCCUGCCUGAUCCGGAUGAUAGUGGUGACGAAGAGGACGACAGCCUUCCUGAUGAAGAAGGGCCUAGUGGUCCUGGUCUGUGUGGCACCGAGACUUACGACCACUCAAAGGAAGGAUGCUGCGGGAGUGAGCUGUACGACCUGACGACGCAGAGCUGCUGUGGCAGUGACAUCUUUGACAUCAAAGAUGAGGAUUGCUGCAAUGAGACCACAGUCUACAACACCACCAAGCAAGGCUGCUGCAAUCACAAGCAUGUCUUCAAUCUCGGCGAAGAGUACCUCACCUUCGGGCUCAAGUGCAUUGCCCCUGCGAAGCCCCCAUGGAACACGCAGUUCGACUGCACCGAUGAGUGGCCCCCCAAGAGCUAUGCUGAGACCUGGAGCCGUUACUGUGCUGCGAAGAGGCGAGGAUAUCACAUGGCGUGGGCAAUGACCCGCUCCUGCGAGGUGGGCUGGCUCUCCGUCAUCCAACGGACGCAGGAAGAUGCGAAAAUGAAGAGCAAGUCGCAAUGCCAGUCGAGAUCUAACCAGUACAAGAAGGAGACCUGCUACAUCUUUGACUUCGAUGGCAAGGCCUGCCAUCGUCAGCGCUGCGGCAACACGCUCUACGAUGCCACAAUGAUGGGCUGCUGCAACGGGGAGGUGUUCGACUCGCGGACUCACGCCUGUUGUGAGGGCACCGUCUACGAAACCAAGACGACCGGAUGUUGCAACGGCAAGGUGUACCACAAAGAGCCGCGCAGGUGCUGCGGUGGGAAGCAUCUCUUCAACAGCAACACGCAUGGUUGCUGCUUGGAGAAAGGACCCCAAGUGUUCCGCUUUGGAAAGCAGAACUGCUGCGCUGCCCCCAGAGGCAUCUGCAAGAUUCCCACAGGUAUCGAAUCCUGUUGCAAGAAGGAAGGGAGGUUCCAAAAGUAUUGA